UUGAUUCCGAUUGGUCCGUUUCAAACUCAGACCGCGGCUGUGUUGUUGUGUUUAGCCUAGCACACAAAAUCAUUUUAUUCCUUCUCGGCAUCUAAUGUCCCAAAGAUAACAGUCAGAUCUGGGGAGAAAAAGGAAGCUACACCUGACGUUACCGCAGCGUGGUGCAGCGCAAAGAUGAUGGACUCAUGCCUGAACAACAAGGCAGACAGAAGGGAACAGGUAGAGGUCAACGAUUUGAAGAGAGAUCUCUCAUCAGAAUUCAGUCCUUUGCCAGACCCACAGCAUUCCAGCGUUGAGGAGAGAGAACACCUUCAGGUCUACCUCCGCAUCCGACCCUUUAGCUCAGUAGAGAAUGAUAAUGGAGAAUCACAGGACUGUGUUACCAUUGAGCCCCCUGACACGCUUCUGCUGAAACCUCCCAGUUUGUCCCUCUCAGCGAGGCUCAGCACAGACAGAUCUCUUCCACAGACCGGACAGCGCUUCCAGUUCUCUCAGGUGUAUGGUCCUGAGACAACACAGAGAGAGCUCUUUCAAGGCACUGUGAAGGAUUUGGUGAAAGAUGUUCUCGAAGGAGGAAACUCUCUGGUUUUCACUUAUGGAGUCACCAAUGCUGGAAAGACCUUCACUUUCUUAGGUCCAGAUGUUGAUGCUGGUAUUCUACCCAGAUCUCUUGAUGUCAUUUUUAGCAGUAUUGAUGAGCAUGUUUUCACUGGAAUGACCAUCAAACCUCACCGCUGCCGAGACUUCACAAGGCUCUCCAGGGAGCAGGAGGCUGAGGAAGUGGCAUUCAAGAGAAACUUCUUCAGACAACUUAAAGAGAGUGAGAAGAGCAACGCCAGCCUGUUAAACUCGACCUAUAAGACUCUCCUUGAAGGCUCAUCCAUGCUGGGCCCGUCAGUUGCAGCAGAGGACAAAAUCAGCCUGACAGUGGAAGCACACACUAAGUUCUCUGUUUGGGUUUCUUUCUGUGAAAUCUACAAUGAGAACAUUCACGACCUCUUGGAGACGGCACCCAGCGGGGCCCUGAAGAGGACCGUUCUGCGCCUGUCUCAGGAUGUCAAGGGCAACACCUUUGUCAAAGAUCUGCGCUGGAUUCAGGUUAAUAGUGCAGAAGAGGCUUACAAGGUGAUGAAGCUGGGAAAGAAGAACCAGAGCUUCUCCUCCACACGACUCAACCAGCUCUCCAGCAGGAGUCACAGUAUUUUCUCCAUUCGCAUAUUGAAGAUUGAGGAUAUUGGGACCCCGAGGGUCCAGACAGUCAGCGAGUUGUGUCUGUGUGACUUGGCUGGCUCGGAGCGAUGUGCCAAGACCCAGAAUAAAGGAGAGCGGCUAAAAGAAGCAGGAAACAUCAACACUUCACUGCUGAUCCUAGGAAAAUGCAUCAAUGCGCUACGACACAAUCAGCAGGCCAAGCUGCUCCAGCAUGUUCCCUUCAGGGAAAGCAAGCUGACCCACUACCUGCAGAGUUUCUUCUGUGGUCGAGGUAAAGCCUGUAUGAUCGUCAACAUCAACCAGUGUGCCUCCAUGUACGAUGAGACUCUCAACGUCCUCAAAUUCUCUGCUGUAGCACAGAAGGUUGUGGUUCUCUCCACCAGGCCCCCUCCCAUCAUACCCAAGAGAUCCGCCAGUGAGCUGUCCUUCAUCAUCAAUAAUGCUGAGAGGAAGCCUCUGGAGGGCCGGAGGAGCUCCCUGAUUGGCUGGGAUAGUAGCCUGGAGGAUGUACAGGAGAGUGAAGAUGAUGAGUGUGAAGAAACAAAGAGCCUGAUGGAUGACACAAUGGAUCAGACGGGCAUUGAUGAAGACAGUGAUGAAAGUGGUGAUAAAAUUCUCAUCGGUAAAAGGACACACCAGAGGCAGGUGGCACUGUUGCAACAGCUGCAGGUAAAGUUGAAGAAGGAGCGUGCAGAGAACCUGCUGAUGGAGGCGCGAGUCAGAGAGGAAAUCAGCAGAGAGUUCUCAGAGCUCUUCUCUGAGAUGCAAGAUGACUAUAAUGAUCGCCUAACAAGGGAAAGAGAAAUCUUAGAGGAGCGAGCAGAGAGAAGGCUGGAAAUCUUCAAGAACCUCAUUGACAAAAUGGCUACCACGGGACCCAGUCAGGAUGCACAAGCCAUGGAAACAUCUCUGGACUGCUACUCCUCUGAACUGGCAGGCAUAAAGAAGGCUGCGGAGGCUGCUCAUAAAUGUCUGUGUUCAGGCGGAGCAGGGGCUCUGGGAGAGGAAGGAGAUGCUGUAGAGGAGCUGGAGAGGAAGAUGCUGGACCUUAAUGAGCACCCGCAGAAAGACCAAGAGCAGAGGGCUAUUAAACACAAUGAUGAUGAGGAGAAAAUGAGGCUUCUCUUUCAACUCAAGGAGAAGUCAUCAGAGAUUGCCCGACUGGAGAAACAAGUGGGAGAUCUACAGAAGGUGGCAGAGCCAGACUCACAGGGCUGCUCCUUGCUGCCAGAGAGAGAGAAGCUGCAGGAGGCGUUGGCUGCCCUUGCGAAGGAAAAGAGAGGCAGAGAAGAUGCCCUCGCUGCUUUAGAGUACCAGACUAUUGGAAGAGAGGAGGCCCUGGCAUCCUUGGAGGAGGAGAGGGCAGCAAGGGAGGAGGCCGUGGCCACAAUCAGGGAGCUAAAGCAAAGCAAAGAGGAGGUGCUAACAUCCCUUAAAGAAGAACAGGAAGGCAAACUGAAAGCCACGGCAGCCCUCGAAGCUGAGAGGAGAGCCAAGGAGAAUGCAGUAGUAGCCCUUUCAGAAGAGAAGCACAGCAGAGAGGACAUAGUUGCUGCUCUUGGUCAAGAGAGGAGCGCCAAAGAGGAGGCUCUGUCUGCUCUUGAGGCUGAGCGGAAGGAGAUCAGCAGGCUCGUUGAAGAGAGGCAGCAGGAGGGUGAUGCGCUUCGACAAAAAGUCAGAGAGCUGACUGCCAGACUGGAAGCCACAGAGCAGCAGGUGACCACAAAAAUAGAGAGAGCUGAAGUGUUUGUCCCACUACAAACUGCUCAGGCACAGCCGGAUGAACACCCUGAAAAGAUCCAGGAGAAAAAUGUCCAGAUCCACAACCUGACGCAGGAAGUUCAAAGCCUGAAACAGGAGCUCCAGGCGUCAGCAAUGACCUCUGAUGGUGUCUGUGAUCAGCUGAGAGCAGAAAUGUUGACGCUCAGGGAGAACCUGGCUGAGGAAAAGGAGAAGAAUGAGAGCCAGCACAGACACAUUUUGGAGCUGGAGCAUGAGCUAGGACAAGCAAAAGAACAGUUGGCCUACAAACAGCAGAUCUUCACCCAGCAGCUGGAACAGGUUUCAGGAGAGGGAAAUCAACAAGAAGCGGCUUUAAAACAGCAAGUUGAAGAGUUGAGAACAAAGUUUCAGGAGCAAGAAGAGUUGUCGCAGCAAUCACUGGAUGACCUCAAGUCCAAGCUUGAAUGCCAAGAACAUGCUUCCAAAGAAGAAGUCAAUCAGCUGAGGGCCAAACUUGAGGAACAAACACAGGCCUCAGAAAAGCAGGCAGAGGAGCUCAAUGAGAAGCUGCAAGAACAAAAAGUGAUAUCACAACAACAGCUAGAGGAGCUAAAUCACAAACUGAGGGAACAAAACAAAACCUUUGUCAAAGUUUUAGAAGAUCUCAAGCAUAUGCUCAGUGAGCAAGAGCAAACCACAGAGAUGCUCGAGGGCCAACUAAAAGCCAUCAGUUCCUCUAGCUCUGCUGCUGAAGAGAAUAUUGAGAGUUUAAACUCUGAUCUCAAGACUGUGAUCUCAUCCCUGAAGUCAAAGAUUUCCAGCAUGGAAGAAGCUUCCAGCAAAACUGAAACUCAGCUAGCCCCUUCAGAAGUGGAGAGACUCCUAAAAGAAAAGGACACACAGAUGGAGGGUAAGCUAUCAGAGGCAGCAAAAGUGUCUGCAGAGAAAGAGGCAGAGCUGCAGAAAAAGCUGCUGGAGAAGGAGGAGCUGGUCACAUCCCUGCAGAAAAGUCUACAGAAGACGCAGGUAAAGCAGGAGGAGGAGGAGAGCCAGGCAGUCCAGGAGGCCCGGCGCAGGGAGGUGGAAAGGCGCAGGGAGCUGCUUGCUGUCGCACAUGAGGCCAUUGCUCAGAAGGACGCAGAGCUAGAGAAGAAAGCUGAGGAGAUCAACAGACUAAAAGAAAAUGCCAAGCAGGACUCGGACAAAGUCAAGAGCCUCAGCCUCGACCUUCAGAGGAAAGAGGAGGACUCUUCAGACCUCAAAGAGAAACUAGCCGACUAUAAGAAGCAGAUCCAACAGGUCCAGAAGGAGAUCUCUUCCAUGAGAGAAGAGGAAAAGGUUUUGAGGCAGAAGCUCGCUGACAUGGAGAAAGCCAAGAAGCAGCUUCAGUCUGAGGUGGCCAACAGAGACAGAACCAUUCAGCAAUUUAAAAUGGAUCAAACAUCUGACACCAAGUCUGACCAAACGCUCUACCAGAAGGCCUGUAAAGACCUUGAGGCAAAGGAGCGUGUGAUGGAAGACAUGCGUUUGGCCCUGACAGAGCAGGAGGAGACGCAGGACCAGAUGGAGCAGGCCUUGGAGGAGAAACUUAAUCUCAUCCAGGAGCUCUCAAGUGAGGUGGAGAAACUAAAAGGGAUGUUGCUGCAGCAGGACCAUCGUGGAAACGACACACAGCGUCAAAUUGACAGCCCGUCAGAUGACCUCAAACUGGCCAAACAGGAAGCUGCCCAGGCUCAGGAAAGCUUGAAGCUGUGUGCAGAGAAACAUCAGACUGAACGCAGAAAGUGGCUGGAGGAGAAGCUGUUUCUGAUCAGCCAAGCUAAAGAGGCGGAGGACAAGAGGAACCAGGAAAUGAGGAAGUUUGCCGAAGACAGGGAGCGCUACAAUCGACAACAGAGCCAGUUGGAGUCCUUGUCAUCCCAGCUGGCUGAGAAGGAGCAGGCCAUGGAGCAGUGGAGGAAGGAGAGAGACACUCUGGUCGCAGCUCUGGAGAUCCAGCUACAGAAGCUUCUCUCCAGCCAAGCAGAGAAAGAUAAACUCAUUCAGCAGCUACGGCAAAACAACACACAGCCGCCACAAGAGAAUGGUGGUGUUGGUGUGGCGGAACUGCAGGCCGCUCUCUCUGAAAAGGAAGCAGAGAUCCUGAGACUGAAGGAAGAGCUCAAGGCGUCGACAGCCAAACAAGUGGACACAAUCACACAGAAUAAAAGCAACGUGAGCCCUGCUACUUUGGUUGGCAAACCCCAGAGUGAAACCAUUAACAGGAAGGCGGGAGGACUGAGGGAUACCAGGGCGUCAGUCAGCAGUCAGGGCUCAGCUGGCUGUCCAUCAGUGCUGGAUUCCUCUGAGAUUUCGACAGAGAACGGCAGGAUGAGCCGCUUCCCCCAGCCGGAGCUGGAGAUCUCCUUCAGCCCUCUGCAGCCAAACCGCAUGGCUUUGCGGCGCCAGGGAGAGGAGAACGCUGUCACCGUCAAAAUCACACGCUCAGCACGCAAGAGGAAGAGCGGAGAGAUGGAGAGGGAAGAGGUGGAUGCAGAGAACAGAAAGAACACGCGGACCAGACUGACGCCAAAGCCAACCCAAGCCACCCCAACACACCAAGAGGAGGUCUCCUCCGCUGCAGGACGCCACGACUCCCAGAGCAGCAUCCUCAGCAGAAAGGAAGGAACUCUGCAGAAGAUCGGAGACUUCCUGCAGAGCUCCCCCACGCUGCUUGGCUCUAAAGCCAAGAAGAUGAUGAGUCUGGUGAGCGGUCGGGCUGAUGCUGACUCAGCAGCCCACUCUUCCUCCUCGUCAUCCAUCAGUCUGAGAGCCAAGAAGAACAAAAGAAAACUCUACAGGCCUGAAAUCUCCUCCCCCAUGGACAUGCCUUCACACCCCAUCAUCAGCAGAGAGCCCGAGGAGAAAGAGAGUGACCAUCAGAUCAUUAAGAGGCGCCUGCGCUCCAGGAUGGCUAAAUAAUGAAGCGACUGACAAUACUGUACAUCAUCUCUUCUUCUCUUAACACUAUCUCAAAUGAAGGGAGCAUUUAGCUGCUGAUAAACUCAAUACCCUAAGUUAUCUUAUUUAAUCUACAUAUCUAUUUGAAUAGUCACUAAUAUACUGUUGGUUAUGUGACAAGGUGGCAGUAAAAGGAAUAGUUCAAUAUUUUGGAUUCAUAUUCACCUCUUACUGCUGAGAGUAAGAAGAGAGGAUCUUUAAAGCUCAUGAACAUAUUUCUGUUUGUUUCUCCCAUGCACAAACAGAAAUGUGUCUUCUGUUGGUGGUUUUAGUGGGAGGAACAUGCUGGAAAGUUUUUCUCCAUCCACUAAAUUCUUCUGUGCAGAAUUUCAGCCAGCGAGCAGUUUCCAACUUGCUUUUGAGUUGAACAAUUCACACACGCACAAGUGGCAUCGCUCUCGUUUUCUAAGUCUCAAAUAAACGUGUUUCAUAAAAUGUUGAACUCUUCCUUCACAAGACUGAAGAAUUACUGAAUCAACGUUUUUUCUUUUUGCUCCACAUUUACCAACAGAAUCACUACCUAUACUCUAAGUUAAUAAGCACUCUAAAUUUGUAUAUCGUUACACUUUUUAGACAAACAAAAAAAAGCAGAUUUUUUUAUUUUUACUUUCAUGUGCAAUUUUUAUUGAAAUGUCUGGGCUGUGCUAGAGCGUGGUUUAUAUUAUUUGUUUAGUCUUAUUUUUAAGUGAAUACAGUUAAUAGUUAUUGUUAUUUUUCGAACCGCUCUAAUGUUAAUCUGUUCAUAGAUCCGUUAAAGCUGCUAGUAGAGUGCUGGACUUUUUGUAUAAGCAGUUGGAUAUUCAAAUGCACACUGUAUUUACAUUUUGUACAGAGUGUUAACACUUUAUAUUCAGCUGUAAAACUUUCACUUAACUCCUACAGCACUUUAUCUCUUUCCUCGAACAAACUUAAGAAAAGGAACAAAAUUUGAUUGUACACUAAAUGUAGAUAAUGAAUGUUUCUACCGUGUACUUGUAAAGGUGCUUUCACAACCGAAGUCCGAAUCAAAGUGAAAUUGAUUUGUUUUUAAUUUAGUCUGGUUUGCUUUCACAGUGCACAAAUGUAAGCGGACCAAAUAAAAAAAAAAAAAAGAUUUGAAGAGGAGCCUGUAUGACGGUGUAGGUCUGGAAAUCUACUAAUCUCAUACUUUUACUCAUACUCAUUAUUUCUAUUUCAUUAUUCCGAGCUUGUGUUCUGAACAAACUAAUUUGAAGAGAAAUGCUA